AUGCUCCAACUAUAUGAGCAGCGACAAACGGUACGUCAAAGAGCUCAAAGUUCUUCCGGUAGAACACAGAGAAAAAGGUAUUUGAAUCGGGAUCGUGAAGUUGGACAUGCUCGUCUUUUCAAUGAUUACUUUUCUGAUGAUCCGGUAUAUCCUGAUGACAUAUUUCGAUGUCGAUUUCGAAUGAAAAAAGAGUUAUUCUUUCGUAUAGUUGAUGUUGUGAAAAAUCAUUCCAAAUAUUUUCAAUGGAAGGUCGAUGUAGCAGGGAAAAAAGGUUUCUCACCACUUCAGAAAUGCAUAGCGGCUAUUCGUCAAUUGGUGUAUGGAGUCCCUGCUGAUCAUUAUGAUGAGUAUCUACGAAUUGCUGAAACAAUUGCCAUCCAAUGUUUAUUCAACUUUUGUCGAUGUGUAAUUGAAGUGUUCGGGGCCCAAUAUUUAAAAAGACCUAAUGCUGCUGAUAUCCAACACUUGCUUGAAAUGCAUGAGCAGAGACAUGGUUUCCCUGGCAUGUUGGACAGUCUUGAUUGCAUGCAUUGGCAAUGGAAAAAUUGCCCCGUUGCUUGGAAAGGGUCACACAAUGAUAUCAAUGUGCUUAACGAAUCACCGUUAUUCAACGACGUCUUAUAA